AUGGGUUCACUAAGCAUUGGAAACUGUAAUGUUCGACGACGAGUUACGGUCACCUGCCUCGUCGUCCUCGUCUGGGCGCUCCUACAGCUAGUACGCUCGUCCGGUUCCUUGCCCUACAAAAACGCUCGACGGUUUGGUCGGGUCCCGGACAGGUCGCGGUCAUACGUUUUCUACGCGACGCAGGAUAUCUAUGCUUGCUCCGUCCUCGUCAAUGUACAUGUUCUACGCAACUUGCUGCACACCCGGUAUCGCAUCGCCGCCAUCUUGUCGGCAGAAGUGGCACCGGAGAUCCAGCACGCCAUGGAAGAGGCGGGGGUGGACGUGUAUGAAGAGACGCCGCCUCUGCUGCACCAAGAUUCAAUCGCAUACUACCGUGACUGCCUGCUUAAAUUGAAAGCGUUUAAGAUGCAUGAGCUGGACCCUAGCCUUAAGGAAAUCGUGGUACUUGACUCAGACCAGUUCAUAAUGCACAAUAUUGACGAUCUCUUCGACGUGCACUAUAUCAACUAUACCGCGCCAUCCGCCUACUGGAUUGACCACCUCUGGCUCGCUAGCACCUGCGUGCUAAUCCGGUUAGACCCAUUACUGUGGAAGGACAUUGAAGCUGCGACUAGGUCGAUUGGGCCCGGCAGAUUUGACAUGGAAAUCGUCAACGAUUUAUUCAGAGUCCCAUCCCAGAUCCUAAGUGGCAGCUAUGUCACGCUUGAUAGCGCUUGGGGGGACUGGAUUCUGCCUAAUUGGUUUGACACCAAGAAGACGGCGUCUCGUGUAGAGGCGAAAUCCACGCGUGCGUCUAGUCGCGAGCUCGAAGACCUCUACCAUCAUCAGGCUAAGAUUAUACAUUUCACUGUCGUUGGCAAGCCGUGGAUGCACGACGUGGAAGGGCUGAGGAAACUGCGUCCAAGCGCGCACCCUCUGCUGACAGAGCUAUUCCGACGGUGGCGAACUAUAGCGAUGGAGAUGUGUCCGCUUAAACUGAUAGACCAUGUCUAA